UUAUAGUAUUGUUUAUUCCCCAUGUGCUACGGAAAAAUGGACGCGCACAUGAUGUUGCUGUCUACGAGUUUUUAAAAAUGUUUUCUUUUAGUAUUGGCGUACGUUGAACAUUAUAAAAUUUAGGAGACUGUGAUAAAGUGUUAAGUGAAAAUGACAGAUAUGCCUCCUUAUCUCGAGGUCAAAGAUGAGGAGAAGAACAGUAAAAAAGAUGUCAGUGAAACUUCUUCGGAGGUAGAUGACUGGGAUUUGCCUUUAUGUUUUAACAAACCAAGGCAUAUUGAACCAAUUAAGGGCGCGGAACGCGUAGAACACUCUUGGAGGGUCAAAGAGAAGUACAAAACACACUGUGUGGCACUAGUGCUAUGCCUCAACGUCGGCGUAGACCCUCCAGAUGUGGUGAAAACACAGCCCUGUGCCCGGCUCGAGUGUUGGAUAGACCCGAACUCGCUGUCGCCGAGCAAGGCGCUGGAGAGCAUCGGGCACGCGCUGCAGUCACAGUACGAGCGGUGGCAGCCCCGCGCGCGCUACAAGCAGUCGCUCGACCCCACCAGUGAUGAUGUGAAGAAGCUGUGCUGCUCGCUGCGCCGCAACGCGAAAGAUGAACGCGUCCUCUUCCAUUACAAUGGACACGGCGUGCCCAAGCCCACGGUGCAGGGCGAGAUAUGGGUCUUCAACAGGGCCUACACGCAGUACAUCCCGCUGUCGAUGUACGACCUGCAGACGUGGAUGGGCGCGCCGUCGCUCUACGUGUACGACUGCUCGAACGCUGGCGUCAUCGUCGACAACUUCAAGCAGUUCGCGGAGCAGCACGAGCGCGAGUACGAGGCGCAGCUGAGUUCGAAGGGGUCCGAGUCGUCGGGCGGCACUAGUGGCGGCGGCGGCGGUGGUGGUGGUGGUGGUGGUGGUGGCGCGGCGCCGGUGUCGUACCGCAACUGCAUCCAGCUGGCGGCGUGCGCGGCGGGCCAGAGCCUGCCCAUGAACCCCGAGCUGCCCGCCGACCUGUUCACCGCCUGCCUCACCACGCCCGUCAAGAUGGCCAUGAAGUGGUUCGUGCUGCGCAGCCGCGCCGCCCGCACCAGCCUCGCGCACCACGACCUGCUCGACCUCAUCGACAAGAUACCAGGCCAAGUAACGGACCGGCGGACGAUGCUGGGCGAACUGAACUGGAUCUUCACGGCGAUCACGGACACGAUCGCGUGGAGCUCGCUGCCAGCGGACCUGUUCCAGCAGUUAUUCCGCGCCGACCUGCUCACCGCCAGCCUCUGCAGGAACUUCCUGCUCGCCGACAGGAUCAUGAGGUCGUACAACUGCACGCCGGUGUCGUCGCCGGCGCUGCCGUCGCUGGCGCGGCACCCGCUGUGGGCGGCGUGGGAGCAGACGCUGGAGCUGGCGCUGGCGCAGCUGCCCGCGCUGCUGGCCGACCCCGCGCCCGACACGCUGCACCCGCAGCACCCCCAGCACCCCCAGCACCCGCACCAGCUGCACUACGCGCACUCGCCCUUCUUUCGCGACCAGCUCACCGCCUUUCAAGUCUGGCUCGAUCUCGGGAAAUGGUCGGUGUGGCGGCUGCCGCCGGAGCAGCUGCCGAUGGUGCUGCAGGUGCUGCUGUCGACGCUGCACCGCGUGCGCGCGCUGCAGCUGCUGUGCCGCUUCCUGGCGCUGGGCGCGUGGGCGGUCCGCGCCGUGCUACACGUUGGCAUCUUCCCCUACAUGCUCAAGCUGCUGCAGGCCUCCGCGCACGACCUGCGCGCCUCCAUGGUCUACAUAUGGGCCAAGAUCAUCGCUGUCGAUCCGAGUUGUCAGGUGGACUUGGUGAACGCGAAAGGUCACAAGUAUUUUCUGUCUGUACUACAAGACCCUACAGUCGAUUGCGAACACAGGACGCUAGCUGCAUAUGUUUUGGCUGGCAUUGUGGAUAAUUAUUCCGCUGGCCAAGAAGCGGCGUUGCAGGGCUCCAUGAUCUCGAUCUGCCUGGAGCAGCUGCAGCUAUGUGGCAGCGGCAGCGGUGGCGGCAGCAGUGACGACGACGGUGCGGAGGGCACGGCGCUGCUGCAGCAGUGGCUGUGCAUCGGCGUGGGCCGGCUGUGGCGCGGUUACGACGCCGCGCGCUGGGCUGGCGUCCGGGACCUCGCGCAUGAGAAGCUCUAUCCGCUCCUGCACCACGACCAUCCGGAGGUGCGUGCUGCGGGUGCGUUCGCGCUGGGCACGUUCGUGGCGGCGGGCGGCGCGGGCGCGCGCACGGAGCACGCCAACGCGCUCGACCAGCAGGUGGCCAUCGCGCUCGCCGCGCGCGCGCCGCAAGACGUCGCGCUCGUCGUACGCGCCGAGAUCCUCGCGGCACUACAGUGGCCGGUUUUGAUAUUCGAGCAGCAUUUUAUCGCAGUCUAUAUACAGGAGAGAAUGAGGCGAAGGGACGGCGAACAGCGGCCGGACGUGGGGCAGGACGCGCUGGUGCCGGCGCCGCGCGGCCCGCAGCCGCCGCCGCGCCACCCCUCCGCCGCGCUCCUCGCCAACACGCUCACCCUGCCCUCCAUCGGUUUCGGCUCGGUGUACAUGAAGCUGUGGAACACGUUGGUCGCAAUGUCGCGCGAGCCUCAUCCGCAGAUCUCACAGAUGGCUACUGACAUCAUUAACUAUAUAUCUAAUCAGGUGGAGCGCGAGCUGGAGGGCGGCUGCGUGCCGACGCCGCGGGUGAGCGGCGGCAGCGGCGGCGCGUCGUCGCUGCCGCCGUCGCCCAACACGCGGCCCUCGCCGCUCGCGCACCACGCCGACCACACGCGCACGCUGCCCGCCGCCGGCUCGCGGCGCGGUCGGGCUGGCCUGCCUCACACCAUAUCCGAGGACUCGGUCGCGAAUCGCAACCGGGACCGAGAUUCCAACAGGGAACGGGAUUCUACCUCAUCUAAUUCUAGUCAACCACCGAAGAAACCGAUAGUUCAAACUUCGUACGUGGAGUGGGCGUCGGCGCAGCUGGCGCGGCCGCAGGGCGCGGGGGCGGCGGCAGGGGCGGCGGCGGCGGGGGCAGCGGGGGCAGCGGGGGCGGCGGCGGCGGGCGGCGACGACUGCGAGAGCCGCGCGCACCACGAGCGCGUGUGGCGCUACGCGCGCAACCGCAACCUGCGCCGCGACGCGGAGGGACUCCGUACGGCGCGCGUGGGCCGACUCGAGACGCAGACGUUCCACUGGCGUUUCCCAUUGCCGCCGGCCGUCGUCCUGUUCCACCCCUACGACCAGCACGCCGCCGUCGCCUCCAAGGACAAUUUCGGAAUCUGGGACUGGGGCACGGCGGCCAAGCUGUGCGUGGGCUCGUGGCGGCAGGCGUGGGGCCGCAUCACCUCGCUCGCGUACCUCAACGCGCACCACCAGGCGCUACUGGCCGUCGCUUCCCACUCUGGCAACCUGGCCAUAUACAGGCCGUCGGGCAGCAUCAAGGAGCCGGCGCUGGUGUCGGCGUGGCGCGCGCUGGACGUGCGGCCCGCCGCGCACUACCGCCCGCCGCCCGCGCACCCCGUGCAGCCCCUCUACAGUAUAGCGCACCUAGUGUCGGAUCAGUUCGCGGCCACCGCCGACGACCGCGCCGCGCGCCGGCCCGACGCCGACUGUGGCGGCGGCGUGGUGGGCGGCGUGGUGGGCGGCGUGGUGGGCGGCGUGGCGGGCGGCGUGGCGUACAGCCCGCCGCCGCCGCCGACGCUGGUGCGGUGGUGCGGCGCGGCGUGCUCGCUGGCGCUGGGCGGGCCGGCGCCCGCGCUGCGGCUGUGGGACGCGCGCGCCGAGCGGCUGGCGGCCGAGCUGGCCACCGAGGCGGACGCGGCCGUCACGGCGCUGUGGCGCGGCGGCCGCCGCCUCGUCGCCGGCUUCGCGGACGGCGCCGUGCGCGCCUGGGACGAGCGCAUGCCGCGGCCUGCGCGCACGGUGCACACGCACGCCACGCACGCCACGCACGCCACGCACGCCGCGCACGCAACCCACGCGCCCGUGCUGUGCGCCGCGCUGCGCGACGAACGCGUGCUCGUCACCGGCUGCGCGGACGGCUGGGUGCAGGUGUGGGACUGGCGGCGCGCGGCGGACGAGCCGCUGCACGCCGUGCGCGCGCCCGGCCCGCUGGCCGCCGUCGACGUGCACCCGCUCUGCAACCUCGUCGCCUGUGGAUCCGUAAACCAGUGCAUUAGCAUCUACGACCUGAAGGGCAACUUGCUCAACACGAUCAAGUCGCACGAGGGAUUCAUGGCCGCGCGUAUCGGACCCGUCUCCUGUCUCACCUUCCAUCCGCUGAGGUGUGCGCUGGGCAUGGGCUCGAAGGACUCGACGGUGACGGUGUACGUGUCGGAGGCGCGCCGGUGACCCUCGCUCUACAGCCUCGCGCUGCCGCUGCCCUUCCAGUGAGCGGUCGCCGCGCACCCGCCGCCGCCACGCUCGCCACAACCACCACACCCACCACACCCACCACACCCACCACACCCACCGCCGCCACGCGCCGCGCUAGGGGUGGCGCCAGGUGGCGGGCGCGGCGUGAAGUCGUCAGUACACAGCGUACUGUGAGCGGGCGACCUCCGCGGACCUUACUCGUUGCAAGUGGUGUUAGCGCGACCUGGUCGGACCACAUACAACAUACAACUAUAUUUAUUAUCAAUAAGACAGAGUAAGUUCACGUUAUAGAAACAAUUAUUGUUAAGUGGCGUUAAUGAAAUCAAUUAUAAAAUACGCUAAUGGAAUACGUAUUGUAAAUGUCGCUAGUAAAAACGUAUAACCGUGUAUAAAUAUAGGGCGGCGGCUAAUACGAACACUUGGUGCUACAGUAUACCUUUAAUGUUUAUUGUUGUUGAACGGAGCGCGGCCGCUCCCGCUGCUGCAUCGACCGCCACGGGGCGCGCUGUACGGACGCAUACGACAAGACGGACGCUACGGACGCUAGGCGGCCGGUACACGAUAGCUUCUAUUGGCUGUUACCGAGUCACGUGAGCGAUUAUAAAAAUUAUGAAAUAAGUUUUACAAUAUUCUCAUACUUGGGCGUAAAUAUCUUGAGCAUAUUCCAAAUAUGAGACUUUGUACAAAAGUCGAUUGCUUGGGUACCUCAGUCCCAUUCGUUGUUUCAACCGUGAAGCAGUUGUGUUUGCAUGGCUGUGUUUCGGUUUGAAGGGUGGGAUAUGGCGUGAAUUUACUGGGUACAGAGGAAUAACACCCGAGUCCUCAGGAAUGACAACGCAUGGGGGGUAUCAUGGGCGAAACAGUAUACUCUGUUAUGUCCAUGGUACUGCUCAUGUCUAUGGGCGACGGUUACCACUUUCCAUCAGGUGGGCCGUCAGCUUGUUUGUCAUUCUAAGUUGUAUAAAAAAUAAUAUGAAAUCAAAUCAUAUUUCGCGAAACAGUAACCCGAGUGAAUGACCGUGUACUGGGCGCCGCGACGUGCAGCAAUUCGCCUACGUCCACACCUCUAGUCGUAUAGAGCAGCGAACCAAUGCAAUACUGCGACGUGUAACGGGGUAGCUACAUGCAACUUAGUGUAACAAUAUGUCAUAUAACUAUAAUAUACGCGGACAAAUGAUCAGCCGUGUCGUAUCCGAGCAAGCCAAAUACAUAUGUAAUAUUCACAAAAUGUACGCUUUAAGUAUGUAAUUAUAGCUUGUAAAUAGUAGCCGGGUAGAGAGUGUCUACGCUGAGGGAGGUGCGAGUGUUGCAGCUCGGUGACCCACCUGCAGUCGCCAGUUAGGUGGCGAAUUGUAAAAUUUUCCCGCGUCGUCUUCUGUCAAUGAAUUUAGAACCGUAUCGAUGUAGCCUUUAAACGCAAAAUCCAACGGAGCCAUCAAGCGUGCAUGUUUAUGAUUAACCAUUCGCGUCUCGUCUCUGCCUACUUUCCCUUUAUUUUUUAAUACUUUGGCAAGUUUAUAUUUCUUUGUUCGCCGUCAUCUAAAAACAGCGCAAGUAUAUAUCUGUUCGUAUGUGUUGAACUGCUUACCAUUGGGCAUUACGUUCCAAAUCAUCUGCAUUUCCGAUCUCAUCCCCACUUGUAACAUUACAUAGAAAUGUCCAAUAUGAAAUAUGUACCAGCUUAUGUAUAAUUUUCUAUUCAGAAUGUAUUAUACGUAUCAUACAAAUAAUUAACUGGCCCGUGUUAAUUUCCAAGUGAGUCUGCUACCCACUCCGUUCGCAUUUUAAGCCUAAGCCUUACGGAACGCUAAUCUAGGGGAGCUUGUAUGGAUUUUAUAGCAUGGACACAGUAUAACUAAUGAAACGACGGUGUUCAUAAGGUGCUACACGCCGCUAUAUACACGUAUACAACACGCAACGUUCCCGCUCCGGUGCGCUGUAUGACUAGCUCGCAGAUCACGUGGCAUUCCUAUAUUCCUUGGUCGUUAUGGGGCAGCGUAAUAAUUUUCACUUUUGUGUAUUUAGAGCGGUUCAGUGUACACACCAAGAAGCUCGAAUGCAAAUGGAGGCUGCCCAUGGAUACAGAAUUGAAAUUAAUAAGUUUCAAAUAGUCACGUGUCUUUCAUCUCGCUUGCACUCUAGUUGGCAAAUCCUCGAGUAUUUAGUGACAAUGCCACACAAAAGAGUACUAUUGUCUAUUCCAUUUUCACCGAGCGAGCGAAAUAGAAAUUUGACUUUUUACCUAGUUUUUUAUUUAUUUGUAUAAAUUCUGUAUUCACAUAGCAAUUUUCGUAAUGAAGCUUCUUGGUACACGCAUCGAGAUGGCGCCUACGUCGCACCCCGCGUACUCCUUAUCAAUGCAAGUAGGCAAGCUGUUCAAUAUGCAUGUACCUCACGCCUGACAGCAACUCGUUACUUUUGUUCUAGUAUGUACAUAGUACUAAAUCUUUUGUUUUUUUUUUAAUUCAAUUAUUUUGUGAUUAUUGAUUUACUGAAAGUUCCUAAGACUUAAAUAGUUAGAUGCCAUUUAUUGUCCUAAUAAGAUUUUGUUCAAUAUAAUUAAGAUUAAUUUGUGUUCGUUUGUUAUAAAUUAAUAUUCUGAAAUACACUGUAGAAAAUAGUUAUUUCUCUUGCUUUAAAAGUAUCGAUUUUUUAGUGUCUUACAAUUUGUAUAAUAAUAACCGUAUUGCUUAUGUUAUAAUUAAUUAUGCUUUAAUUUUAUUAAGAACUAAAAAUGUAACCAUCAAAUGUGUUCAAUUGUAAAGUGUAUUUCAGCGUAUUGAAUGAUUUAUAUUAUAACGUGAUAGAUAUAAUGAACAUUGCAUUGCAUGCGCGACCAACCGAGCUAUGGAAUAUUAUUAAAUAUAUAACUAUAGUGGGCCCGCAAUGGUGAUGAAAUAUGGAUAAUUUUAUGAUACAAUGAGCAUUUAAUUGUAUUAAUUUUAAUAAGUAUAUUAUAAUUAUUAUUGGUUUGAACAAACAUUAUCAAAUGUGGUAUGUGUAAUGAAACCUGUGGCCAUACGUUGUCAUGCUGUACACGGGCCGGGCGUACACGGCUUGAGUGAAUGGUACGGCCCAUCUGACUCGCUUCACACGUGCGUGUUUCCUUAAAGUCAGGCGGUACAGUAGACGCUGGCUCGGCGAAUGGCGCCGAGCCAACAGUCGUAUCUAACCCUCGGUUAUUUUUUUAUGGGUGAAAAUGGAAUGGUAACCUCGCCUGCGCUAUCUGUAUACGCUGGCGGAGCACUAGUGAAGGGUGAUCGAUGAGAAUGAAAACAGGCCAGUUAGCCCAUCAUGAUGAAUUCAUUAGGAAUUAACCAUGAUAGUUUCCAGGGAGAACCGCGAGGAGGUCAACCUGGUUGGGUAUAUUGCUAGCAAUGGGAUUCUCAGUCUCCAUUACUAACAAUCCCUUUCCCCCCCUCUAGCGCUCGGUUAUAGAUACUCUAUUUUCGACAUUUUACCAAAUAUGAUUAUAUUGGUAUAUAAUAAGUAAUGUACAGUGUGUACUAAACAAUUGACCGUUCACUCGACCAGCGUAUGUCCAGCCGUAAGGCAAUAACUUAUCAACUGAAUAAGUGAUGAUUAUGAUUGUAUAAUUAUGAACAAAUUGGCGGUAGACGUGCGUUUCGUAACCGCACCGUUGCAUAUUGUCAUUGAUUUAACUAUCGCUUUUACAUAUUGUAUAAUUUAAUGUACAUUUUACAUAAUAAUAAAUUGUUGUUGUUAAAAUAAA